AUGGGCUCGACUCCUCCCGUGUUCAUCGGCGCCGAGGAGGUGGAGAAGCACCUGCACCGUGCCAGCCUCCUGCUGCCGGCGCUGGAGGCCGCCCUGGCCAACUUCUCGGCGGGCGCGGCGGGCGGGGUGGUGCAGCCCGUGCGCACCGUGCUGCCCGUGCCCCGCCACGGCGGGUACCUCGGAGUCAUGCCCGCGUACAGUGCUGCGGACGAUGCGCUGACAACCAAGUUGGUGACUUUCUAUGAGCACCUGAAGGACUCCUCUGUGCCUUCUCACCAAGCGACUGUCCUCCUGUUUGACCCCAGCAAUGGUACUUUGAAAGCUGUCCUGGAUGGAAGUGUCAUUACAGCAAAACGAACAGCUGCAGUUUCUGCCAUUGCUACCAAGUUGUUAAUGCCAGCUUUUGCAGAAGUGCUGUGCAUUUUGGGAGCUGGUGUUCAAGCAUACAGCCACUAUGAUAUCUUCACAGAACUGUUCACAUUUAAAGAGGUCAGGAUAUGGAACCGCAGCAAGGAGAAGGCAGUGAAAUUUGCCGGUUCUGUGGGCGGUCCCGUGCGGGUCUGCUCCUCUGCCCAGGAGGCUGUGACAGGGGCUGAUGUGAUCGUGACAGUCACUAUGGCAACAGCUCCCAUCUUAUUCGGGGACUGGGUGAAGCCAGGUGCCCACAUCAAUGCUGUUGGAGCAAGCAGACCAGACUGGAGAGAAUUGGAUGAUGAGUUGAUGAAGAAUUCAGUUCUGUUUGUGGAUUCCAGAGAUGCUGCUCUUACAGAAUCAGGAGAUGUUAUUUUAUCAGGGGCGGAGAUUUUUGCUGAGCUGGGGGAGGUAUUGAAGGGUACAAAACCAGCCCUGCCUGAGAAAACUACAGUGUUUAAAUCAUUGGGGAUGGCAGUUGAAGACACGGUAGCAGCAAAAUUUGUUUAUGAUGCAUGGUCAGCUGGUAACUAA